AUGCCGUACCCCGACGAGGCAGAGGGCUUCCAGGUGGAUGGCCCGAAUAGCUUUACACAGUUCCACAAGCGUUUCUUUAAAUUGAAGCCGUUCGGUGAUUAUGAUGUGGAUGUGAAGAUUGAGGCGUGCGGUGUGUGCGGCAGUGAUGUCCACACCAUCAGCGGUGGAUGGGGAGACCAGAAGUUCCCGCUCUGUGUAGGACACGAAAUCAUCGGGCGAGCGAUUCGCGUCGGCCCGAAAGUCACCCUCAUCAAAGAGGGCCAGCGCGUCGGAGUCGGCGCCCAGUCGUACUCGUGCGGCGAAUGCAAGCAGUGCCGCAACGACAAUGAAACAUACUGCCCUGUACAGAUGAUGGACACCUACGGGUCAGAGUGGCCGGAGACUGGCAUCGUCAGCCAGGGCGGCUACUCGUCCCACGUGCGCACCCACGAGCACUGGGUGUUCCCUAUUCCGGAUGCUCUGGACAGCAACACCGUGGCGCCCAUGCUGUGCGCGGGCUUGACGGCGUACUCGCCACUCGUGCGCAACGGCGCCGGGCCGGGCAAGAAGGUAGGCAUUGUUGGGCUCGGUGGAAUCGGGCACUUCGGCAUUAUGUUCGCCAAGGCGCUCGGAGCGGAGACAUGGGCGAUCUCGAGGUCGCGGGCGAAGGAGGCGGACGCGCGGAAACUAGGCGCGGAUGGAUACAUUGCGACGGCGGAGGAGGGCUGGGAUGAGCCGCACCGGUUCUCGUUUGACUUGAUCAUCAACUGCGCGAACUCCUCGGAGGGCUUCGACCUCGCGCGCUAUCUGUCGAUGAUGGAUGUGCACGGUCGCUGGGUGAGCGUGGGCCUGCCGGAGGAGGAAGGCCAAAUCAUCAAGGCUCAAAACCUGAUUGCUAACGGCGUUCUCAUUGGUGCCAGCCACCUGGGCAGUCGUCGCGAGAUGCUGGAGAUGUUGCAAUUGGCGGCCGACAAGGGGCUGAAGGGUUGGGUCGAGGAGAUCCCCAUUGGCGAGGAGGGCCUCAAGGAGGCGAUGCUGCGUAUGAAGAAGGGCGAUGUUCACUACCGGUUCACCUUGACGGGGUAUGAGAAGGUCUUUGGUUAG